CUCCUGGGCCACCUGCGGGACACCGAGGCCGCCAGCGACGAGCCCGUGACCGCCAGCGAGGUCGCCGCCGGCGACUGGAACCUGUGCGCCGUGGCCGGGGUGCUGCUGGGCUACCCCGCCGUGUACACCUUCGCCGAGGGCGCCGAGAACUGCCUGGCGCUCACCCCGCUGAGGGUGUUCACGGCCCGGGCCUCCUGCCCCCGGAUAAAGGAUGGGCUCAGCGUCCAGAUCUGCUCGUUCAGCGUCCCGGAGAGCCUGUGCGCGGAGCUCGGGGGUGUGCUGGCCGCCUGGAGCCACGAGCUCAGGGAGGCUUUCGGUGCUCAGACUGAUUUUGUGGAUCUCUGCAUUUCGAGCGAGGUCGUGUCUCUUCCAGCGGUUGCCUUGUGAAAUACGAGCAUAGUCUGACUUUUUAGCCUUCCUGGCUGCAUCGGGAGCAAGGCAGAAGAUCCGUUUCCCUGUGUGUGUUGUCCCCUGCAUCUCAUGGUCCCUGAGCACUGAAGGCUGAGUUGUGACAGUCACCCGGGCUGGUGGCAGAACCAAAUACGUGUUCUUUAAAAAAACCAGAGUGGACGUGUGUGUGCUCCCAGAUGCUCUGCUGCCUCGGCCCUGCCUGCCUGCACAUCACACCCUGCAAAGUCAGUGUGUAUUGAUUUGCAGUGGGCAGCUGAAGAUUAAUAAAUGAUUUGAACACCACGGUGCUUUGAAUUAA